AUGGGCACAGGCAUUGUCUCCGUUCUGCUACACACGCUGUCUGAGCUCUACCCGAAUUACCAUGGAUCCCUACGGGUUCUCAGCAUUGUUUUCUUCAUCCUGAACAUAGUUAUAUUCUCCGUCAUCUUCACCAUAUCCAUCUUGAGAUACACCCUGUACCCGGCACUCUGGACACUGAUGCUACAACACCCUGUCCAAUCGCUGUUUCUCGGCACCAUGCCCAUGGGUUUCGCCACCAUUAUCAACAUGUUUGUUGCCAUCUGCGUGCCAGCUUGGGGUGGCUCAGCACCAUAUGUGGCCUGGGGCAUGUGGUGGGUUGACGUUGUUGUUAGCGUGGCUUGCUGUCUUGGCCUCCCGUUCCAGAUGAUGACAAAACAUCGGCAUCAACACGAAACAAUGACAGCAGCUUGGCUUCUACCCAUUGUUGCAUGCAUAGUCGCUGCGGCAUCGGGUGGCGUAGUGGCUUCCGUUUUGCCCAACCAGAGGGAUGCUCUCAUCACCAUCAUUACCAGCUAUGUGCUCUGGAGCAUGGGCAUCCCGCUUGCACUGGUGGUCAUGACCAUUUACUUUCACCGGCUUGCCAUCCAUCAUCUUCCGCCCCAGGAAGUUAUAGUCAGCGUCUUCUUGCCCUUGGGACCCAUGGGACAGGGUGGCUAUGCCGCAAUGGAGCUUGGUAUGCAAGCUGCCAAGGUUUUCCCAAAAACACACACGGUACAUCCCAUGGCAGGAGAGAUUCUGUAUGUCCUCGGAUGGAUAGUUGCCAUGGUUCUCUGGGGCUUCGGACUCGUAUGGCUUUUCUUCGCUGUAGCGUCCAUUAGUCGCAGCAAGUUUCCCUUCAACAUGGGUUGGUGGGGAUUCACGUUCCCGAUUGGCGUGUUUACCAUGUCUACAAUUACGAUAGGACAGGAGAUGCCGUCGGCGUUUUUCAAGAUUCUGGGAACGGUACUAGCUGUAGGAGUUAUGUUGCUUUGGCUUUUGGUCACGGCCGGGACAGUGAAGAACAUUCUUCGCGGUAAUAUUGUUGUAGCGCCUUGUUUGAAGGAGAUGGAAAAGAAAGCUGCUGCGGAAGCGGAGAAGAGAGCGUAUCGGGAUGCAUGA